CAGCGUGACGGGCCGAUAUUUGAUGCAGACCAUAUUUUUCGCUUUAAGGUUAAAUCUUUGCAACCUUUGCAAAAUCCUUUUGCAGUGCUUUUUUUAAAAUAAAGCAUGCUUGAUCGUCAAUAAGAGAUCUGCUUUUUAAGCAGGAUGUUUUAAAAUUCCUUUUCAUUGUGCACAUGAGGUCCUGUGACUGGGUAUGAUCGAUACUGAUGUCAUGGAUUGUUGACUGCAACUUGGCUGUGACUGGACUGAAAUGUGUCAGCUUCUGCUGAGGAAGCACCCUGUAAAGGGGAAGGAAAAUCUCACUGCAGUGUCACAUGACGAUAAACUGAGCAGGAUCAGAGCGGAGAGAGCUCCUGGUUGUGCAAGCAUCUUGGAACUCGUCUGGAUUAUAAGCUGCACUCUGUUUGUUUAUUUCCAGCUGCAUAUUUUGCUUGCAUCCGUUCAGUUGCUCUCACGUUAAUUCAUCCUGCGAAACUCUGAGACUUUCACUGACACGAGGUGCAGCCUAAAUCUGUGGAGUUUGACCUUGUGAACCUGUCACCAUGCCUGAGGCACCUGCUGUAAGGUUCAGAGUAUUCACUCUUAAUUGCUGGGGAAUCCGUUACCUUAGCAAGUGCUGCAGGGAGCGCUAUGAAAUGAUUGUCCAGUUACUGAGUCAGGAGAGACAUGAUGUCGUCCUGCUGCAAGAGGUGUGGAGUGAAAAGGAUUAUCACUUCUUGAGAAGCAAAUUGACAAAUACCCACCCUUAUUCAGUGUAUUUUAGAAGCGGAGCUAUAGGAAGUGGACUGUGUGUCUUCGCCAGAUACAUAAUAACGGACACCUUCCUCUACCGCUACUCCCUGAAUGGUUAUCCUUAUAAGUUGCACCAUGGUGACUGGUUUGGCGGGAAAUCUGUCGGCUUAGUUAUUCUGAACGUAAAAGACCUUGUCAUUCACGUCUAUGUCACACACCUUCAUGCCGAGUACUGCAGGGAAAAGGAUUAUUACCUCCCGCACCGUUUGCUGCAAGCCUGGGAGCUAGGACAGUUUAUACGGCACACAGGCAAAACAGCAGACGUUGUAGUUCUGGGCGGGGAUUUGAACAUGCAUCCUUGCGACUUGGGGAACCGACUCCUUCAGUGCUACACGGGGAUGAAGGACUCAUUCUUAGAGACUGAAAAAUUUGAGGGCUGUGAAGGUGGAUGUACGUUGCUGUCCCAGAAUUGCUUUGCCUCAGUUGGUGACACUCAAUCAUUCCCCUCAGGAAUCCGCAUUGAUUACGUGCUCUACAAGGGAUCGAGAGGUUUCUCUGUGAAUUGUGAGCACCUGAUGACCACAAAUGGUACGCCAGCUGGGAGAAACAUGCCAUACUCGGACCACGAGGCUGUGUGCGCCACACUGAGUGUCCAGAAAGAUGAGAAUGUUGUCAGUGACCUGAGGCACGUGGAAAAGACAGACCCACAACUUGUGGACAUUCUAAACGAGGCUCGGGCGGAACUAAAGAUCGGUAUUCACGGGGCAGAGAAAGUGCGCUACUCCUCUGGCAGGAUGGCCAUUCUGGGGUUUAUCCUCCUGCUCCUCGAGGUUGUCAUGGCGAUCAUACCACUAGUCACUACCACGCCAGAGAACUCAUUUCCCAAGGUGUCUUUCUACAUUCUGGGCAUGGUGGCCUUUGCUGUGGCUCUACUUGCUGGCAUCCUGUAUGUCUUUCAUACCAUUGAGGUGAAAAUGUUGCAAGGGACAGAGGACCAAAUGAGUAACGCCAUCCAGUCUCUGCAGGAGCGACUAGGCCACUGACCGCAUUCCACAAGCAUAUUUCAGACAAGUUUGACACAGAGCUGGUGGGAGUAAUCAGACCACCCAUUGCACAAUCUAUAGCAAAUGCAGUUCAGAAUGAUAUUUUGUGAUGCCAAUCCUUGCAUGUUAACCAUGACUUCAUACUGUCAAAUACAUUCCAGAUGGCUGUACAGGUCCAUGGGGGAACAGAGCCUAGGAUUUGUGACAACUUUUAAUUGUUUCGUCAUGCAUCCUCACUCAUUUUUAUUCCAUGUUGUCCAGUUAAUGGUUCCUCGAGUGCGAAGACAAUGCGUGGUGUAAAUUUCCAAUCUGCUUGAGAUCGGGUUUUCAUGAGGCCCAUUUUAGAGCAGGAAGGUCCGUGGCUAUGAUGGAAAUCUAUCCCUCCCUACUACUCCUGCACCCUCAACAACCCUUUUCUCCAUGAAAUGGACCUAAGUCAGGAACUGAAGAAAUUGCCUAGUAGUCCCCAUGGCAGUUUGAGAAGUUUACAUUUUAAACAGGAGAAGUGCCCACUCAGUUGUUGAACUGUCACCAAAAAAAAACUCGACUGAUUGACUAACGUUGUUUAGGGAAGGAAAUCUGCCAUUUUUGCUUAUCUUGUCUGAAUGUGACUCCAGUGUCUCAGCAUCGUGGUUGAGGCCUUUACAUUCCUCUAGAGUAACCUGGUGAAACACUCGGUUGUACUCUCUGUUCUUGAAGAGAACAGCAGGAAGGUCCACCCCCACCUUUCCAGUGUAUACCUACAUCCUGAGAAUAAUUGGGAAAGAAAAGGUGGUUUCACUGACUGCGGCAUUUCAGCUAAAAUAAUGCUGGCUCUGUGAAACCUUCAAGCAGAACUGGACUUCCAGAUCUUGAGCUAAUUGUCAGGAGGCUUAGGAGACGGCAUUAAUACCAGAGGUGGGGGAUGAGAGAAACACGUAAUUCUGUUUUUAAGAAUUUGUUUUCCUGCAGGCAAAGGUCUUCUCUAUUAGUGCUCUUCUCUCACAAGAGCAAUUUUCCGGGUCCCCAUCCCAUUCUGCACAGCCACCCUGGAGUUUAACUCCUUUUUCAAAAUGGGUUUGUGCAUGUAAGGAUAUGAAGACUAUUGAUCCUCCUGUCUCCAGUGGACCAUGUAUAAUUUUGUCAUUAUUUUGGAGCCUCACCCCACAGUUUUUAAUCUCCAGAGGUCAGUGAAUAGCUACAAGUUUUAUUCAAAAAGAAUAAACUUGAAAUGGCUGACCUGAAAAAAAUGAUUGAAAUUGACUGCAAUUCACUCCAAUAUUACUCUCUUAACCAUUAUACCUCCCAAAACACAGUCACUAAAACUGGGCAUUAUUUACUUUUUAAUUCAGUUGUAAUUAAUUUUGAAGUUUUAAUUUUUCCUUUAAAAACCUUAAACCAAUGUUUAUACAUCAUUUUAAAUGCGUUGAGAGAGUUCCUUUUGUUUAGAAGUAUUUCAGAUCUAAGAGUUUGGGUGAGAAGGAAAUAUUGUCGGCCCCAAGUCUUGAUUUAAUCUUGCUAGUUCUGUAUUUAUAUAAUUACCUUUUAAUUGGAUGAACAGUUUACAUUCACUUGAUUCACACUACCCGGGAUGUUAAGCAAUCUAAAUAUUGUUCAUUGGUAUAACUUCUUCAUCUGUCACUUCUGUUUUUAAACAAGUCAUAUUUCCUGAGUUUGCUCUGAGAACCAGUUUAUUCUUGUGAAAACAGGACGACCAAAACUGCGUGCAGUGUCCCAAAUGUGGCUUAGCAUGUUGAAAUUGAUAGUAGUUGCAACACAGCAACUGACCAUUUAACACUGAAGCACAGCAUUGGUACUGAUCAUAGAUUAUCUGGUCGGAAGCCACACGACACCGGGUUAUAGUCCAACAGGUUUAUUUCAAAUCACCAUGCUUUUGAAGCCCUGCUCCUUCAUCAGGUGAAGUGAAGAAAGGAUGUUCCUACAUUUUUGACCACUUGCAGAGACUUAUUCAACCUGUCAACAUUCCACUUGCACCAUUUGGAUGACCUUUUGAUCUGUGUCUAUAAAUUCUGUGCCUGUGAAGCUUUCUUCACUUCACCUGCCAAAGGAGCAGCGCUCUAAAAGCUUGUGAUUUCAAUUAAACCUUUUGGACUAUAACCUGGUGUUGUGUGGAUUCUGACUUUGUCCACCCCAGUCCAACACCGACACCUCCAUAUCAUAGAUUAUCUGGGCAGGGCCAGCUAGGUAGCCUUAACAGAGUCAGCGUGUCCAUUGUGGACUGGAUAGUUAAGAGGCAAUGUAGUUGAGAUGCUUAUGAACAAUGAACAUUUUGACUCUAAAAAGAAGUCAAGGCGAUCUAUUUGACGUACAAUUUAAAGUUGUGCCAAUGAUCUUGUGUUUGUCCUGGAUUGUGAUUGAGUUAUUCAGACAUUUGUAGUGCAUGUUUUCAAUGGGUUUUGUUUUGGAUGCUGAUCAGGGCAGCAGUCUCAUCUAAACACAGCUCCUUCUGAAUUUGAGAGUUGAGGAAAUAGUACAGUUUCUCAGACCAGUUUAGGGCAAUUCUAUACAGUACAUUUAUGUCACUAUUUUCAUACACUAAUGAGCAACAUGAGAUUUUUAAGCCUUUGACCUUCAUGUCUCAGAGCUAGCUCUCAGUGAUCGACAGACAAUGCUUUACACUAUGUCUGUUGAUUAUCUAAUGGACACACUACACUUCCAGGGCUUCUGAUUUUUAGUUUGAUGUAUUCUUGGAGAUUUUAACACAUGAUUUCCUAUCUCUAGCUGACCUUUUCCAGCUCCAUGCCUUCAUUCUCACACUGCAUGGCCUGCCCACAGUCAGUAGAAUGGUGUGGAGGUGAUGUCACUGGACUAGUAAUCUGGAGGCCCAAACAAAUUAUCUGGGAAUAUGUGUUCAAAUCGCAUAAUAGUAACUGAUGAAAUUAAAAAUCAGUUCAUAAAUCUGAACUAUAAAGUUCAUCUCAAUCAUGGUGAUCACAGCAACUAUCUUAGAUCAUUGUUUAAAAGCCACCUGGUUAAUUGAUGUUCUUUGAGGAGGGAAAUCUGCUGUCCUUAUCCGCUCUGCUGUGCAUGUGAUCCCACAUCUACAGCAAUGUGGUUGAACCUUAAUGGCCAAAGUGAUCAUAGUAAGCCACUUAAUUCAUUGGCAAUUAGGGAAGCUGGAUCUACUUGUGAUAUUCACAUGCUGGAAAAGAAGGAAAAAAAGCCUAAUCUGUACCUCAUUGGAAGAUUGGCCAGUGAACUAGCCUUAAUCGCCAAUAUUAUUUAACUAAUACAUACCUUUAAGCAUGAGAAUAAAUUCAGUGUUUCUGUGGUUCUAUUCCCAAAUUGCUUGCAGUAGGGUCCAGGAAUUUAAUCUUUAAUUCCUGGAGAUUAUCAACUAAUCCGAGGCUUUGGCUACUGAAUGCACUACACAUCCCUGCCAGUUAUGUUAAAUGUUUAGACACUCUAAGCCCACAAAAGAAUAACCAUCAACUGGAUCAAGAUGCAGUCUGCUCUUGAGUUUGUCAACAAAUGAGAAUUCAUUGGAAUUGUCUGUUCAUAAGUCAAGCCUAUGAAUGUUUGUUUAAUUAUAAUUUGUUAAUGGAUGGAGCCGCUAUGGUGGGAGUUUUAUUGUUAGAUAAUGUUGAAGCUGAUGAACUUUAUAUUGGAUCAGGUGAUGGAUUCUGCACUGUUGGGUUGCUUGAAGCAAUGCCUUGAAGAAUUGUUAUUUGCUCUAAUGUGUAUGCAUUUUGUAUUCCAUGUAUAAUAUUACGGAUGAUGAAAGAAGCACUUGUUGUAAAUGUUAGCAGAACUCCUGAAUGGACUUUGCUCCUUUUGAAUUGGGACUUGGAAAAAUGAUUGCUCAAUAACUAGAAGCUGAUCAGUAAGUUUGAAAAGCUGCACACUUCUGUGCGUGGCCUUCCUGGGUAGAAUUGAGAACUGCAGCUUAUAGUCUUGGGUAGACUUUCGGGAAGCGACCAUAAAACAGAAUCUAUUGGGACCAUGUGGUUUUAGGUGAAACAGCUGAGACCUGGACAUUGCACACACGGAGUAAGUGCUGAUGAAAGUAUUGUACAGCUUUGUGUGUAGUUCAAAGCAUAUACCACUCUGGAACAAUCCAUCCAAUAUAUCCCCUUUAAUGUAUUGUUGUCUUCCCAAAGGGUCUUGGACCAUAAACAAAUAAGGCCACAUGCUGAAGCAUUAUUAAAGCUGUGGUUGGUUCCACAGAUAUUACCUAACAUUUUCAUGCAGAGGGUGGUGAGUGUAUGGAAUGAGCUGCCAGAGGAAGUGGUGGAGGUGGGUACAAUUACAACAUUUAAUAGGCAUCCAGAUGGGUACAUUAAUAGGAAGGAUUUAGAAGGAUAUUCUGACAAAUGGGAUGAAGUCAAAUUGGGAUGUUUGGUCGGCACAGAUGAAUUGGCCUGAAAGGUCUUUUUCUGUGCUGCGUGACUCUGGUCGUUUUCUGUCUUGUCCCCAACCCAACUGUCAGGUAAUUGACGUGGCCCUCAUUCAUCAGACACUUUUGUGCAGCCUCAUAUGAGCAUAACAGUUCUAAUGUAGUGACAGACGAUGAGUAUGCUUUUAACACUCAACUAUUUUGAGUUGUUUCGACGUAUUGUCAGGGAGAUGGACGUUGGUUCUGGGAAACAUAGCACUUGCCAUUUUGGGGGCUUAGCAUCUUCCUCAAGUAGACCCAGGCCUGGCUAUUGACCACUUUGAGAGAAAUGUUAUUCCCUGCCCUAAUGGCAUGCAUCACAGAGGAUCCCUUUCGGCCAACAAAGCAGGUGGUCAUCAAAAUAGAAAGGCUGGGAUGGCUGUAAGCAAGCUUGAUGUCUAACUAACUCCUCUACACUACCAGACAGAACUCCGAGCAGGGGGAGAAAGAGCAAUGUCCUUGGUUUAAAUUGAAUUGUUGGCUGUUAAUUGCAAUUUGUGUGAUUGAACACUAAACAGCUCUUUGUAAAAGAUUCCUCCCCCACCAGCACCACCUCUAUAGUUGCUUAGAAGUCAUGGUAUCACUGAACUGACCAGAAAGCCUAGAACUAAUGCUAUGACACUAAUGAAUCAGUAAUAACUCCAGAAGUUCCUGUAUGCUCUACAGCAGCCUGAAAUUGAAGACUGAUUUGCAUUAUAUGCUGGGGCCUAGUCUUUAGUAAAUGCUUAUUAAUCUCAGAAAGGGUGAAAGAAAAGAAACCAUUCCAUUAGCUCUUCCUGAGCUAGACAAAACAGGAAGCUGGAAGAACACAGCUAGCCAGGCAGCAUCUGGAGAAAAGGAUCAGUCAACGUUUCGGGUAUUACCUUCCUUGAGUCCUGGGGAAGGGUAAUACCCAAAACGUUGACUGCUAUUUUCCUCCAGAUGCUGCCUGGCAUGCUGUGUUCUUCCAGCCUCCUGCUUGUCUAUCUUGGAUUUCAGCAUUUGCAGUUCUUUUGUCUCUAACUCUCUCUGAUCUGUUUGUAACAGCUGCAUUUUACUGAUUUUUCUUUUAAAUGUGCUGUAAUAAAUUCAUGUGCAGCUUCCAAGAAUAUGAUAAAGCUCUAAAAUUCAA